UGCGGCUAAAAGCUCAACUCUCGCUUCCGCCCAGGUGAGAGCGAGUCCAGAGCUGGGGGGGGGGCGCGAAAAGCCGCCUGUGGGCCACCUCCGCUCCCCACAAACCAGGUGCCCAGGGGUAUGGCUGUGUCGACUUUUCAAUGCUUAUUUCAAUCACAGCUGGCCAUACCUCUGAACUUUCUGUUUGGGCUCUGAGACAGGCUUGGCUUGGGGUCCAGUUGCCGGGUGGCGAUUUGUUAAUGAAGUUGGCCCUGGCUGACACUGCAAUAUAAACCUAUCAGCACCUGGAGUGGAGCGAAGGAGAAUAUUUGUUUACCACUGCAGUACAAAGAAGCCAACAUGCCUGAAAAUCCUGUUGCAGAUAAGCAGCAGGUGCUGAGGAUUCUGGAGCGCCUGCUAAUUAAACUUCACGAGAGAGGAGACACUUCACAGAGUGAAAAUCUGACUUUUCUUUAUAAUACACUCAAGAAUCCUGGAUUCAAUCAUCUGCUGACUCUUCAGCAGUCAAUCAAGCAGCUGAAGGAAGAGAUCAGUUACAUGCCUGCAGGUCAUUCAGUGGAUUUUGAUUUUACAAGGAGAGGUUUACUGGUGUUUGAUGCUGACCGCCAUGCUCUUGUUGAUGGGAACCGCUCUGCCACUGUCUGCAAUAGCCAAGUGACUCCUGUGAUUCCAAAGCCUGCAAUGAAUGAAUUCAGUUUGGCAAUCCAGAGGAUGGCAAAGGGCAGACAAAUAGAACAUAUACAUAUAGAGAAGCCAUUUCAUGGAGGCCUUGGAUUUAGUGUCAUUGCACUUAAAAACCAAAGUGUUGGAGAUGCUGGUAUCUUUGUCAAGGAAGUUCAGCCAGGAAGCAUAGCUGCCAGGGAUCAGAGAUUAAAGGAAAAAGACCAAAUAUUGGCCAUUAACCAUAUCCCAUUGGAUCAGAACAUUUCCCAUCAGCAGGCAAUUGCAUUACUCCAACAGUCUAUGGGGUCAUUACAUUUGAUCGUGGCCAGGGAGGCAACCCAAAACAGCAGUGGGACCCCAUGUGCCUUAAGUGAUGUUAAGGAUGUUAAAUUACCUGAAAUGGUCCAGUGGGGACACGUUGAAGAAGUUGAACUUAUCAAUGAUGGCUCAGGAUUAGGAUUUGGAAUUGUGGGUGGAAAAUCAAUUGGUGUAGUGGUAAGGACUAUUGUUCCUGGAGGACUAGCAGAUAAGGAUGGCAGACUCAGAACCGGUGAUCACAUCUUAGAGAUUGGUGGGACAAAUGUACAAGGAAUGAGUAGUGAACAAGUUGCUCAGGUGCUGAGGAAUUGUGGAAACUGUGUUAAGAUGGUGGUUGCACGAGAUCCCAUGUGUGAAAUAACUGCAAUUCCGCCAACCCCUGCUGCCCAGCCUGUUGUUGGAUCAGCUUUUUUCCAGGACAGACAAUUGGACACCGAAAAUGAGAUUCAUGAGGUUCAGCUGACUAAGAAGGAUGGACAGAGCCUUGGUAUAACAAUUGUUGGCUAUUUGGGAGCUUCUGAUGCAGUGGAAUCUUCAGGGAUUUUUGUCAAAAACAUAAUACCUGGCAGUGCUGCUGAACACGGUGGUCAAAUAAAAGUCAACGACAAAAUUAUUGCUGUAGAUGGGAUUAACAUUCAGAAUCAUACGAAUCAAGAUGUAGUGGAAGCAUUGCGCAAUACAGGUCCAAUUGUACAUCUGACUUUACUUAGAAAGAAACCAUUCUCUUCUGGAUUGUCUUCAGAAAGGGAUUUAGGCCAAGUGCAGCCAAAUAUGACAAAGUUAACCCUGUCUGGUGUUGUGGAAACUGAAACUGACUUAGAUAAUGAGGUGGAGGAACCUGCAGAGCAAAAAGACAACUCUAAAAAUGAAUGGAAGCAAAAAUUGCAAGCAAUGGGGGAAAACCCAGAGCCAUCAGAAAACAAGCUGAAAUCCAAGUGGGAAAAAUUGUUGGGACCUGAUUUUGAAGUUUUGGUUGUCACUGCAAACAUGCCAAUUGCCGAUGACAGUGAGCUGCAGAAAUAUUCAAAGCUGCUUCCUAUUCACACGUUGAGGUUAGGGGUUGAGCUGGAUACAUAUGAGGGACAUCAUUACAUAUCUUCAAUUGCAACUGAUGGCCCGCUUGCUAAACUUGGUCUACUGCAGUUGGAGGACGAGCUUUUAGAGGUAAAUGGUGUUCAGCUCUAUGGAAAAUCCCGCCGUGAGGCAGUUUCUUUUCUUAAGGAAGUGCCACCUCCAUUUACCCUUGUUUGUUGUCGGCAUCCGUUUGAUGAUGGCACAGAGUCUUUUGUUGAUGACCCUUCAGGCACUAUCACCUGCUCUCCAGAACCAAAGGUCAGACCCAAAACUCCAGAGGAUGCACAGGAGGAUGAAGAUGCAGACCUAGCAGUAUGGUCUUCUGAAGUCAAAGUUGUUACACUUACAAAAAAUUCACAAACUGGCCUAGGAUUCAGUAUUUUGGACUAUCAGGAUCCAUUAGAGCCAACAAAGGCUGCAUUUGUAGUUAGCUCUCUGGUACCAAAUGGAGUGGCUGAACGGGGUGGUGAACUUUUCCCUGGUGAUCGCUUGGUCUUCGUAAAUGACACAUGUUUGCACAAUAUGACUCUAGGAGAAGCUGUAGAAGUGUUGAAAUCAGUACCACCAGGAAACGUUAACCUUGGAAUCUGCAAGCCUUUGACAGACUUCAGGGAUGUAUCUUUCUCUAAAGAAGAACUUGUUGAUGAACCUAUCCUGAAUUUUGGGAGGCAGUUUCAACUUGCUGAGAAUGAAUCAGAUGUUGAUAAGGAGUCAUGGGAAAUGCAUGAAUUUUUGAAACCAGGAGAGGAAGAUAUUGAUGAAGAACGAGAGAUGCUAGUAGAUGAAGAGUAUGAUGUGGACCAGGAGUGUGGCAGAUAUAUACCAUUAGACGUGGAGGGCCCUGCUCCAUUUGCUGAGAUGGACUUGGAAACUGCAAGGCAAUGGGCAGAAGAACUGAAGCCUCCUGAAACGGCUGAAGGGAGUUUUGCAAUUGGCCCUAAAGCUGAAGAGAGUGAAGAAAAUACUACCACUUGUUCAAUGUUCCUUGGAGCAUCGGAGAACUACAGUUGGCCUAACAAAAUAUUGGAAGGUGCCAAGAUGGAAAAUGACCAUGAAAAUUCUCUGUACACUGAUGAUGAUCCUGAAAAAUAUAAACUGAAGACUGAAGACAGUGGUCACAGCGACACUCAAGAGACUGCUCUGCUUAGAGUAGGGGUGUCCAGUGAGUUGCCAGAGAGAGAAGAAGGAGAAGGAGAAGAAACUCCAAUUUUCAGUCAUUGGGAACCCCCCCAAAUUAUUGAAAUUUUUAGAGAGCCGCAUGAGGCUCUCGGCAUCAGUAUUGUUGGUGGGCAUACAGUUAUAAAGCGCUUGAAGAAUGGAGAGGAGCUUAAAGGUAUCUUCAUCAAGCAAGUUCUGGAAGACAGCCCAGCAGGAAGAACAAAAGUACUCAAGACUGGAGAUAAAAUUCUUGAGGUAUCUGGAACAGACCUGCAAGAUGCGACUCAUGAAGAAGCUGUGGAAGCAAUCAAAAAUGCAGGCAACCCUAUUGUUUUUGUUGUUCAGAGUCUGUCUACUCUUCCAAGGAUAGUUUCCAUGGUAAAUUCCAAGAAAAGUAAAGAGCACCAAGAACAAGAUGCAGCAGGAGAGGCUGAAAAGGUAUUGCAAAUUUAAUAAGUCGCUAUCCAAAAUCAGAUGUAUCUACCAAUGUAUCAUGUAGAAAUCGUUGUGCUACUUUAAACCAUAAAUUCUUUUGAAAGGAAGCACACAGACAAGAUCU